AACAUUCGAGAGGGAAACAAAGAAGGGUGAGCAUCUAACUACCGUAGAAGCGAAAAAAAACUGGAAUAGUUGACUUUUUCUCACCAGUAUACUUUGGCAGUCAUAUAAGCAGGUCUCCGCCAUGUCUCACAAACAGAUCUACUACUCUGAUAAAUACGACGACGACAAAUACGAGUACAGGCAUGUCAUGUUACCCAAAGACAUUGCAAAGCGUGUACCCAAGACCCAUUUGAUGUCCGAGACCGAGUGGAGGAACCUCGGGGUCCAGCAGAGUCAAGGAUGGGUGCAUUACAUGAUCCACCAGCCAGAGCCGCACAUCUUGCUGUUUCGGCGCCCUCUGCCCACCCAGAAGUCAUAAGGGAGAGAAUCUCCGGGUCCUUGAUGAUCAGUCCUACCUAUGUGCCGCAGACCAACUCCUUUACACAGGGAUCAUGCUGUUGU